AUGUCCGCACCGCAAGGCGGCAUCCAGACAGCCAGAGCUCCAGGAGCUCAGAACCAGGCAGGCCACGAUCCAAAACGUGGCAGAAAGAAACCUCCCAGCAAUGGCCAGCAGCCGAGGCGUACAGGUAAACCACCUUCAAGCAACCCCAAUGUGUAUACUAGAGCCAAAGGUACCAAUCCUAGAAGUGAUACGAAUAGAACAACGUAUAGGAGGCCUCGGGACGGGCAGAAACCACAAUCUAGCCAGUCGAACCAACGAAAUGUAUCUAAUCAGUCUAAUCAGUCGAGCCAGUCAGGUCAGUCAAAUCAAUACCAGUACCAUAAUCCCAACUCGAACCAGCUACUGCGGCGCCAACGCCCAAAUCAGAAGUUCAAUCUGGAUAUGUAUUCUAAUGGCACCGCUCCUGGUGUUUCUACGGAGAAUUCUGGGCUACUAGGUAGCUUGUUUGAUGAUCCAGCUAGUUAUGGGUUCCUGAUGCAGCCCAGGUCACAGCCCAAAAGACCAACUCCUAGGUUCAUGCUUUCACAACCAAGAAUGCUCGUUACGCCUGAAUUCAAUCCUAACGAAUGGGAUAGGCAGAAUCAAGAGAAGAUGUUGCAGAUGGAACAGGCUAACGGUGGUAGAGACUACCAGGGCAUCUACGAGGACUUCCAGAAAAUGAGAGACGUGGAAAGAAAGAAGAUGGAGGAAUUGGGACUCGUCGAUGCCGAAAAUACCACCAAGGACUUGAACGAAGCAAUUGCAUUCCAGGGCACUUGUUUAGAUAUGUGUCCUACGUUCGAAAGAGUCCGCAGAGCUCUUGAAAAUAACGUUAAAAAUCUAGAAAAGGAUCCCUCAACUAAUAAGAUCUCCAGAGAAAGAGCCAUCAAAGCAUUUUCACGUCCAGCAGCCGGCCAGCCGCCGCUGAUGCCUUCUGACGUGAGACCUCCGCAUGUGUUGCAACAGACACUCGACUACAUUGUUGAUAAUAUCAUAGAGCAGCUUCCUGAAGCACAUUCAUUCAUUUGGGACAGAACAAGAUCUAUCCGUCAAGACUUCAUUUAUCAGAACUUCUACGGUCCUCAGGCCAUAGAUUGUAACGAGAGAAUCGUCCGCAUUCAUUUACUUUCCCUCCAUAUCAUGGCCGGUAGUGAUGUUGAGUACUCCCAGCAGCAAGAGCUUGAACAGCUCAAUAAGGCUCUACAGACACUUACAGAAAUCUACCAGGAUGUCAGGAACCAUGGCGGAUCCUGUCCCAACGAGGCCGAAUUCAGAGCAUAUAACCUUAUCAGUCAUUUUAGAGAUCCCGAGUUAGAAAGAGAGAUUCAGACACUUCCAGAUGAAAUUCUUCAAUCCAAGCAGGUUCAGCUUGCCCUUCGCUUUAGGGCGUUGAUGUCGCAGAAUAAUGUCAUUGAAAGAGGGUAUACUAAUGCUGUCGGAGCCCUUAAUUUCUUCGUUGAAUUCUUCAGACUUGUCUACAGCCCCGAGACUCCAUUUCUCCUCGCAUGCUUGUUGGAGACACACUUCAAUGAGUACCGUUUCUAUGCGCUCAAGUCUAUGACCCGUGCUUACCACACCAAGGGCCGUGCCUUCUUGGCUACUUCUUUACAGGAUAUGCUUGGUUUUGAUUCCAUAGACAAGUUGGUUGCAUUUGUACAAUAUUAUGAGGUCGAUACGCUUCAUGAGGAUGGUGUGCUACUUAUCGAUUUGUUCAACAAGGAAAAGUUGGAAACCAAGUAUAAGCUCAACUGUUAUACGGACAAACCAAAGUUGUCCCAGGCUUUCUCCAUACAGCUUGACCAAAAGUCUAAAGGCUUGAGAUUACGAAGUUAUGUCAAUUCUGGACUCUCAAACGCUGAUUUGCAUCUACAGAGACAGUCCCAGCCAAUCAUCACCCUGGUUACGAAGAAACCUAUAAAGGCAAGUCAAGCAUCCCACGCUGCUGAUUCUAUGGCGUCAAAUUUUGGGACUUUUGGGUCAGAUACGUCCAAGGCUACAACGCUGCAAACAGCGACUGGUUUUGGUCAAAAUACCGUCGCUCCUCCUCUGUCAGGAUUUGGUCUGACACCUUCUUCAACGUUCCAGUUUGGCCAACCUCCCGUGCAACCAUCAGCAGGUUUUGGUGGUUUUGGACUGAGCGCCACUGGUAACCAAAAUGUGGGCUCCUUGAACUUAGAAGACUUUUUGAAAUCGCAGAACGGUACUGCUAAACAGCCUCAGCAGACGGAAGCAAAGCCAGCGUUCUCAUUCGGACAACCAGCAGAGAAGGCUGUUACACCUGUUGAAGCACCUAAACCAGCAGCAGAACCAAAGUUCAAUUUCACAAAGCCUGAGCCAUCAACCGUUGCUGAGAAGCCUAAGGUGAGCUUUGGUGCAGCUGUUAGUAUUCCAUUUGAUUCUACGGCACAGCCCAAUAAAGACACGGGUUUACAACCUAAGGUCAUUGACUUGAAGGAUGAGAAACCUCCGUUGUUCAGUUCAAAGCCCGCAGCUCCAACGCUUCCCAAGCCUCCUACUCCAGCAGUAUCAGAAAUUCCAAAGUUCGAACCUAAACCGGUUUCCCAGCCUCUUGCGCCCCCUGUGCCAACUGCUCCAUCUAAAUUAGUUGACGCUGCCAAGUUCCCUGCUGCUCUCAAAUCAGCAUUCAAUGACAUUCUCGGUAGAGCUAUCGAUGAGGAACUUUACAAGAUGCUUCCUAGAAUUAUCAAAUACGAGAAUAGGGCAACUGAAAGACAGAAGUUGAUCGACGGCUUAGCUGGUGAGCUCUUCAGAGCAUUUGUUGAUGAGGUAACGUACGAAUCUUCGUUACGUGCUAUAGCCGACCAAUACGAAAAGAAAAUUGCUGUUAGAAGGACGUUGCAAGCCUUGCGCAACUCUUAUGAAAAGAAGCGGGCCAAGAAUGACCAAAGGAAGCAGAAACUCGAGGAGCUUCAAUCCAUUUCCUUCAAGAAACCGACACUUAAGAGAGUUGCACUGGCAUCCAGUUCUGUGGAUGGAUCGUUCAGAAAGCGUGCCAACUAUUCACCCAGAAAUGAGAGUUUCAGUCGCAUGAGUGAAAAGCAGCUGGCUAUUGAAGACCUCUGGAAACCACUCGACCUCGUGCAUUUUGUCGAUAACUGUACCUCAAAGGUGAAGGUAUCCUCUAACAAGAUUGAUCUCAAGUGCUUGAUUGUUGUGGAAGAUUGGGGCUUAGCAUAUUCGAAAUGGUUGAACACAAAGUUUAAGUUGCAAGUUGCUGAAGAUGGACAGUACUACAAGAAUACCAUCUCAAACCAGUCGCUCAAGGUCGAUUUCGAGAGUUUACCAAGCGGCAAUGCUCUUAAAGAAAGCUCGUUCCAGCAAAAGAGUUUCGGAAGCUUGCGGGCCAAGCUCGAGCGAGAUGGAAGCAUUCUUCAUAAAAUCUUCCAGAUCUGCAGUCGCUACUGUCUUUACAAAGUGCAGAUUCUUUUGGUUCUUUGGGAUGUACAGAAUGUUGGAUUGAGUCCUAUGGAAGUGAAACAGAUUAUGCGUUUAAGCGAAUUUCCCAAGGAUAUCGUACAAGAUGUGAUACUUUGUGAUAUGUCUUCAGGCGAAGACAGCGUUGCUGAAACGCUUAAUAAAGGAAUGGAGCGGAUGAGUGGACGGUUCAAGGGUAAGCUCACUGCUCCCGAGAUAGAAAGAAGACGCAGACUACAAGAAGAAGAAGCUAAGAAGUCACGGACAACCGAAGAGGCAGAAUUGACCCUUCGUCAAAAAGAAGCUGAUGCGCUCAAGAGAGCUGAACAAAGCAGACAAGUUGGGUACCUCAACAAGCACAUCAACAACUCCUACGACAUGAGUAAUGCCUCGUUCCGGACCGCCGCCAACACCACACGUGGCCUUAAUAACACUACAUUCGGAAACGGCAACCAGACCAUGCUCAAUUUGAACAAUUCGUUUUUGAACCACGACACCAGCCAAGGUGCCAGAGACUUGUCCGUGCUCGGUUCCUUCGGCAACAACGUGAGCGUAUUGGAAGAGAGCACACCGUUCGGAUCGCCCAGACCAAGCAUUUCUUCCCGCGGAGCGCUUCCCAAGAAAGUCAAUGAUUUAAACUGUCUUAGGAAAAUGGACUACUUCAAAGACGCCGCAAAGAACUUCUCUUUGUACGACGCCAAACACUACGUCCGUAAGGCCCAGAAUGUCGCCAUGAACCUUUCGGAAAUGGAGGCCAAGGUCCGUGAGGCCACCAACAACGAGCCAUGGGGAGCACUGACCACGUUGAUGGCCCAGAUCGCCGCAGGCACUUAUAAUUACAGAGAACGUGAGGAGAUCCUUAGUUUCGUGUUUAGAAGGUUUACUGAAAAGGCUGCCAAUGAGUGGAGGCAGAUCUACAAGUCUUUGCAAUUGUUGGACUACUUGAUCAAGAACGGAUCUGAGCGCAUUGUGGACGAUGUGAGGGCCAACUUGUCGUUGAUCCAGAUGUUGAAAUCUUUCCACUACAUUGACUCCAAGGGCCGUGAUCAGGGUAUUAAUGUGAGAAACCGGUCCAAGAACCUUGUGUCUUUCUUGAAUGACGAUGCUUUGAUCAGAUCAGAGAGAAAGAAGGCCCGUGCCAACCAGAAGAAGUUUGGCGGUGUGUCGUCUGCUGCUUUUGGCGGUGCUUCUUCGAUAACCACUGGUUACGGCCAGGACGAUGAUGACUUCACUAAUAGAGUUUACGGUGAUGGUGGUGUCUACGGUGCUCGUUACGACGACCCAGCCGACGAAUAUAGAAACGGCAGUUCUGGUAACGACAACUAUGAAGAAUACGAUGUGGACGCCACGGCGUCCAACCCAGGCCGCUCCAAGAGCACUACAAGUUCGUCUAAGGUCAAUGCUUCGUCAUCCAAGAAGGCUGCUGCUCCUGAGCCAGAUCUUUUGGGCGAUUUGAUGAACUUUGAUGAUGCUGCUGCCUCUUCUAGCGCUCCAGCUCCUGCUGAAGCUGCCGCCGAUGAUGACGAUGACGAUUUCGACGACUUCCAGGCCGCUCCUUCUUCAAACAACACCGGUACCGGUAGUCUUUCAAGCAACUUGGCCAACCUCUACGUUUCACAGCCCGUAGCUGCGCUGAGGCAACCUUCACAGACGUACGGUCAAACCCCAGCCUUCCAGCAACCCACAUAUACUCCAGCCAGCAGCAGUUCUUUCGGCGGUGCCGUGCUGACAGGCCCAGCCAAGCCAUCAGCAUCGAACGAUGCGUUCUCGUCGCUCUUCUCUAGUGCCAAGACGAAAUCCACGCAUAAGCCUGCUAGCUCUGUGUCGACGCCCGCCAAAGACAGCCAACCCACGGAUGACUUCUUUGGCUCGUCUUCGCAACCCGCCAGCAACGGCGGCAACAAGCCCAGCAACACCAAUAACAACAACAAUAACAGCGGUGAAGUGGAUUUGUUGAGCUUCUAA